UUUAGCAGAAGUAAUCCGGACAGAGCAGGCUGGUUUGGUGUAAUCUGGAAGGCUGUUGUAAUAACUGACAGACAGAAAAAAGCACAGGGAAGGGCCUGGCAGCUGUAUAAAGCUCCCUCCGAGCCCUGAGCCCUGUAGAAGUACAUCAGCCUCGGCCACCAGCAUGACCAGCCAGUCCCAAGGAAUCCAGCAGCUUUUGCAGGCAGAAAAACGUGCCAAGGACAAGCUUGAGGAAGCCAAAAAGAGAAAGGGAAAGAGACUGAAGCAGGCCAAAGAAGAAGCCAUAGCUGAGAUAGACCAUUACCGGUUGCAGAGGGAGAAGGAAUUCAGGAACAAGCAAACGAACGUAAUGGGCUCCCAAGGUAACCUCUCCGCUCAAAUAGAAGAGCAAACAACAGAAACCAUCCGAAACGUCACCAGCAGCUACCAGAAGAACAAGGAGAGCAUGAUGAAAAAGCUUCUGAACAUAACAUAUGAUGUCAAGCCUGAAGUCCACCAGAACUUCAGAUACGCAGCUUAAGAUCAACUAUAUCUAAGGGAAGGUUGUUUGUAAAAAGUAGCCUUGUUUCUUAAUAACCACAGAUAGUUCCUCCUCUAUUGUUUCUGAAUGUGUGAGAGAAAACACUGAAGCCAGAAGCGUACAGUUCCACAAAGGUUUUGAUGCGAUAACAACCAUGCAGAGUUUCACAACCAUUUGUUGGAAUAGUGUUGUUCCCUGUUGACAGCCAAGCCCCUGUCAUUUGGAUGGGUGCAAGUCAAUAACUGCAGAAGAAAUGAUUAUUUGACACCAGCAGCUUUUCAGUGGGAGUCUUUUUCAUAUCAAAUGUUCUGUACUAAACAGGUUGUUGCAUAAUGUCUGUUUAUCUCAAUCUUUAGUAUACUUCAAGUCACAUGAAAUAAAAUACUAC